AUGGUCCUGGUGUCUGCCUACUUUAAGUUUAAUAUUCCGACCUUCCUCCAUACGCAGCACCUGGACCAGAUCCUCAUGAAGGAAAGCCGAAUGGUCAUCAGUGCAGAUACCAACGGUCACUCAAAGUUGUGGUAUUCUGAAAUCCCUAACCGUCGGGGAAGGAUAACAGAAGAGUUCAUCAACAGGCAUGGUCUUAUAGUCCACAAUGUUGCAGGGCAACCUAAUACGUUCUGUCGGCAAGAUGGCCUCAGUUCAAAUAUUGACGUCACGAUGACGACAGCGGACAUAGGGGAGAAACUAACAAAUUGGACGGUCAAUGACCUUACCGACAGUGACCAUCGUGUCAUCUGCUUUAACCUACUAGUAAAGAGACCUCCACCACCCAGAGACUCAGUCAAACCCCGAUAUAAUACGAAGUCCGCACUCCGCAGACUGGGACCUCUUUAG